UCUCACUUUUACUUUUGGUAUAAAAGGCUCAUUUCAAUUUUAUCUCAAAAUCAUUCACAAUCAGUUCAAACAUUAUUCAACAUCAAAAAAACCAACAAAAAACCAACUCAACUCUCAUCAUGAAGGUCAUUGUCUUCCUCGCUCUCUGCGGAAUCGCCUCAGCUGGUAUCAUUGCCGCUCCAGCAGCCAUCGUCAGCACUGGUUCAUCAUCACAAACCCGAAGCCAAGAUGGUCUUGGAAACUAUGCUUUCGCAUACAAUGAAAACCACGCAACUGGAGGUUCAUCCCGAAGUGAAUCUGGAAAUGCUCUUGGACAAGUUGUUGGAUCAUACUCACUUGGUGUUGUUGACGGAAGACAACGAGUUGUUAACUAUGUAGCUGACGCUCUCGGUUUCCGAGCUGCCAUCAGCACCAACGAACCAGGAACUGCCCCUAAACCAGCUGCAUCAACCAGCAUCUCAUCACCAGGAGUCAUUGCUGCCGCCCCAGUCGCUGCCCCAGUCGUUGCUGCUGCUGCUCCAGUUGUUGCUGCUGCCCCAGCACCAGCAUACUAUGCUGCACCAGCCCCCAUCCACGCUGCACCACUUGGUGCAUACUACUCAUCAGUUGUUAACCACGGAUACCCUGCCCCAGCUUAUGCCGCUAAAGUUGUUGCUGCUCCAGCUUAUGCUGCACCAGCUCUCUGGGUUAUACUCUUCGUCUUUGUCGCCACUCAUUUGAGUCUAACCUCAGCUGGUCUUAUCCCAUCAGCUCCUGUAGCUCUUGCCAAUACCGGUAAUUCAGUGCAAAGUCAAACUCAGGAUUCUCUUGGUAAUUAUGCUUUUGCCUACACUGAAAACCAUGCCACCGGAGGAACCUCAAGGAAAGAGGCUGGAAAUCCUUAUGGACAGGUUGUUGGAUCUUACUCUUUAGGUAUUGUCGAUGGACGCCAACGAAUUGUUAACUAUGUUGCCGAUGCUUACGGUUUCAGAGCCCAAGUAUUGACCAAUGAACCAGGAACCGCUCCAACUGCCCAAGCUCAACCAGCCAUCGCAGUCGCUCCACAACCAGCCAUCGCACUUGCUCCACAGCCAACCUUUGUUGCUCAUGGAUAUCCAGCUGUCCAACCAGUCGCCUACCCAUCAGGUUACAGUGUUUCACCUUACCUUGGUUAAUCAAUUUACCAAUUUGUUCCAUUGUCCUAAUACUCUGAUUAGUUUAACUGUGAUUGACUAACUGCCAUUCAAGUGCCUGCCAUACUCAACAAUAUCAUUUCGCACCAUCAACUUAUGCUUCUGUGUUACACAUUUAUAAGUGUUUUAAUCAACCCAUUGUUUAGCUCAGCGAAUCUGUGCAACAGAUAAUUUGUUGAUUCCCGGUGAUAAAUUUCCUGUGAAAUCACUACCUAAUGUUCAGUAAAUUUUGCACCUAUUUUUCAAUGUUAUAAAGAUCAUCUUCAUCAAAAUGUGGAAUAAAUUAAGCCUUUUAAUCAAUAUUUAGUUAACUCUUGGUUGAUUAAAUUUUGAAAUGAAAAAAUGUAAAAAUAAAUAAAACUCAUGUUUCAUUGUA